CAGGAGAACCACGACCACCCAGAGGAUUCCCCUCCACGACUGGCGCUGCCAUUCAGCGAUGCGCUUUGAAUUUCAAUCACGUGCGCGUUUUUCAUGGUGGCCUUUGUGAUUUUUUUAAACACUUUAUUUUUGACGGGUUUCCAGUGGAACGUUGAGAUGCACGUCGCAGCGAUCAUUCCACGGGAACAGACACGACUGUCAGUUCUUAUACUGAUCUUUAUUUAACAGCUGUCACCCACGUUGCGUGGGGUUACUGUGUGCGUAAAAAAACCAUGACAAUGAUCCGGAUGCGGACUGCCUCACCUUACACAUAGUCAUACGUUUUUAUUUAUCAUUAUUAUUAUUUUUUCCAUCAAAGAAUAGUAGACUGGUUAAGACGCACGCGCCCGCGUGAGCCACUGGACUUUGCGUGCGAAGUUUGUUUGGAAAAUACCAAGUCGGAGGUAUCUGGGUCAGAACAGCCUUUUCCCUGUAAGGUGGGAGGUCGGCACACUGCGGUCAUGCUGUCUGUGGACGAGCCCCUGGACCUGAAGCUCCCUCGCCGGGCCACUGGGCGUGACAGAGGGGCAUGCUCACCCCCACCCUCCCCACUGGGCACCAGGCAUGCCUGCCAACUCCGCAUGACAGAUGAUGGCACUGCAGUCAUUGAGCCCGCUUCGCCAUCCUCUCCGCACACAGGUGUACAGGUGGUCCCUCAGGACCGGACAGACACCCCCACACCCCCAGCUGUGGACCUGAGCAUGUCUCCCUCCUCCCGCCACACCCCCAGCUCUCCAGAAAUGACUAAUGGAAGUUACAUUCCCUCAGGGAACUCUCACAUUCGUUAUGUGGAAGGCGGGGCCUCAUCACAGGCUUUUCAGUUCUUUGUGCCGAUUGGAGCCGGAGCAGGACUUCACCUCCCGUCUUCCAUGUUUAUUGGCCAGACGAGUGAUAAAAGAGCAUCUCCAGACCUCUCAGCAGACGAACAGCUGGCCUGUCGCUGGAAAAAGUGCCAUCUGCUGUUCGAUUCCCUGCAAGACCUGGUGGACCACGUCAAUGACUUUCAUGUCAAACCUGAAAAAGAUUGGUACUGCUGCCACUGGGAGGGCUGUGCUCGGAAAGGACGGGGGUUCAAUGCCAGAUACAAGAUGCUCAUCCACAUUCGGACUCACACUAAUGAGAAACCUCACCGGUGUCCAACCUGCAACAAGAGCUUCUCACGCCUGGAGAACCUCAAGAUUCACAACCGCUCCCACACAGGUGAAAAGCCGUACAUUUGUCCUUACGAGGGAUGCAGCAAGCGUUACUCUAACUCCAGCGACCGCUUCAAGCAUACACGCACACACUAUGUAGACAAGCCGUAUUACUGCAAGAUGGUGGGCUGCCUGAAGCGCUACACAGAUCCCAGCUCUCUGCCGCAAGCACAUCAAAGCCCAUUGCCAUUUGUGGCCCAGGAGCAGGGCUCCCCAGGUGGUGUUGGCUCUCCGCUAAAGGGGAGUCAGAGUGGCGGGCUUGCUAGUGCAGUGGGGAAGGAGUCAGAUCUGUCGUAUGUGAGUGGAGCACACAUCAUCAUCCCUGGAGCAGCAGCUGCUCUCCUAGGAAGCCAUGCUCUGCAGGGCCUCGGCGGAUCUCUGCCUCUGUCCCCGCUCAGCCCUCGGCCCCUGGACCUCAGCACUCUGGGUUGCCCCAGUUCUCCAAACAGCCUGGGAGGUGCACCAAUCCUGUCCUUCAAUGGCUCCACACUGGGCCUGGCUAAGUCCCCUCUGCUCUCUCCAACGUUCCCCUCUUCAGCUUUGGGCCUGUCCAUGGUGCCCAUGCUGGGACCUACAGCUGAACGCAGGGCUCAGGGACAGCAGUCCAAGAAGUGUCGAGUUGAAGAGGGAGCCAGCGAGGUUACUGCGGGGGUUCUGAAUCUCUCCACAGGAGGGUCUCCCGAUCCCCUGUCCUGGGUGGUCAUUCCCCCAGGCACCGUGGUGCUCAAGCCAGCUGUGGUCAACUGAGACAUAAACACACAUUCCAGAAGAGCUCAGGGGGGAUGUGGAGGGGCAGGCGCCAUGGUGAAAGGUGACAGAGAUUGGCUCGCACAAUCAGUUCCAGACAGAUUCUGCAGAAAACAUCAAGUCCUCAAAACAACAGUUAACUCUGCACUUCAAAAGAAUCACGCAUGUAAAACCUGAUUUUUACUUCUGUGCUGCUGCAUGUUGGUCCACAUGGUUCUGACAUACGUCUGCUUGUCGAAAUAGCUCCAUGUUGCCACUGGGGGCAGUGCCGCACACCACUACCAGAAAACCUAGUGGAUGAAGCAGAAGAGAGGAAACACUGUCAGUCUGUGAGUGGCUGUGUCUCAGUUCUCCCUCCUGCAUAUAGUCACAUCCGGGUCACCAUUAUUAUUGGUCUUAUUUUGAAAGAUUUACAGUCAGCCAUUCUGUCAGUUGCGCUCUAACUGAUGCAGCCAGCAAAUAAGUGUAAACCAGUCUAGACAAACUAGGUAACAUUAAAUACCUACUACCAAAUACACAACGGCAUCCCGCUGAUUUUGCUUCUCCUGAAGCGGUGGACAGCAUCUACAGAGAGUAUUGUCCUGCUGUCUGACACCGCAUCUUGCUUCGCAGGGCUUCGUAUGCUUCAAUAUUUCAAAAUUCCACAAGUUCCACAUGAUGGUCAUUAAACAUCCGAAUGCAUCAUCACAUUUGUAUCUUUUGAUCCUUUCAUUUGUCCAACUACAGUCAAAAAGUCCAUAAGCAUAGACAUCGCUAACAGCUAUCAAUGCUAACUGUUUCAAAGUCCCGUUAAAGUCGAUUCCCCUCCAGACUUUCAUGGUUACUUGCAAAUGAAAAAUUCUCACAUAUAAAAUGGGACAAACUUGCGUGGCUUUACUGUAGACAUAUAAAAAUAAAAUGUGGAUGUCAAGCAUGGUCAACAGCUGGCUGGAGAAACAAAAAUACCCUGAAAGUUGACAAACCAAAGCAUUCUGUGUCGAUUUUUUACAAUAUGUGGUAGGGAGAAUUCAGGGGCUGCAUCCUUUUAAGGCUGCAUUCAUCAACUGUACUAGCCUGUCUAAUUUGAAGGCUCUUUGGAAUGCAGCCUUUUUUUGCCCUGAACAUGAAGGAUAUCUUUUACGGCCAAAACAAUCCCAAGAGUCACCCCCUCCCCCCAGGACAGAAUGGUUGAUAAAUUUAAAAAUAACAACAACAAAAAGACAAUUUCGGGCUUUCUAUGUACAAUUAUAAAGAAGUCAUGUUUAUAAGUAAAUUAUAAAUAACACUAUGCUAGCUUGUUGCAUGCAGCUGUCAAGGUUGCUAGGCGACAGGUGGUAGGGCGGGAUAAACCAUGCACCCCACUCAAGUCACAAAAUGCUCCAUGGGCCAGACCGUCUCAGUUCAGAGUUGUUGGUUCGGCCUCUGCGGUUUCUAAGGCUGAUCUACAUAGAAAGCAGCCUUCAAAGGAUGUGGCCACUGAACUGAGAUGCAGCCAGCAUGUUCUCUCUCACAGGAGGAACAUAAUUACCGGGGCUUCCUGUGUGCUGAAAAUCAUCUAAAUUUGUUAUUGUGUGAUGUCAUCAUGAAGCUUGUGGAUCUGCACUGUUUUGUUGUGGAUAAAUUCAGCCGUCAGCUUCUUUGUACUUGCAACAUAUACGUUGGUGCUGGGGAGAGUUAGCUGGGAUGAAUGUCGCUGUGUUUAAAAAAGCCUCUCUGUCAUUUGAUCGCCCAUAAUUCUUGAGGUUAACCAAACAUGCAGCAGCGCACAAGUAAAAAUCAGCCUGAGUGGGAACCUCUUUUCUGGUUGGGCUCAAAAAGAGACCAAGAACUCUUUUCAGGAACAUGCACGUCUCGGCAUUUCCGUUACAGGGCCCGACAUCGGGCUUCUUGCUGUGUUUUUAUUUGAUGCUUUUUCAUUCCUGUUUGCUGGUUCUGUGGACGGGGCCAUUGAACACGAUAGUCUUCAUGCUCUGUGCUCUUACAAAAGUCCCGAUUCAUUAACAAGUAUUUAUGAAAGUGUACUUUGCUGACAGCGUGCCUACAGCCUAACAGUGACGUAGACGCAACACGGAACACAAUGACGCACUCACUGUUCGGCGAACGGGCACCAAACAGAUUCCCUUCAGUUUUAAAGAAACAACCUAUUUUUCACAGACUGCAGUGAUUAAUAUGAAUCAGACAAGCUUGCCGAACCAAAGCAAGUUAUCUCAGACGGGAGUGGGCUUUAUUCCGAUGCCCCGUGGGAGACGCCUGCUGGGACAUAAAACCCUCUCUAAGAUGGUUUAAUUCAACACAGCACUUAAUAGUGUCAACUUGUUAUAACAUAGAAACCUCAAAAUUGCUGCUAAACUCAUGACUCGUCUCCCAAACCGGGUGCGAACAAUCUUUCUGACAAUCUGUCCCAAUUUGUGGGAGGGCAAGAAACUCAGACUGACCUAGUUCACCAGAGUGUGAGCCG